AGGUGUCGUCUUCGUACGAUUCGAACCCGGCCGGGAUGCCGAAAUUUGUGGUCAUCGAACUGAACGAUGAUGCAGCAACGAUCGAUCUUCUCAGUUAUUGCGUGAAAAAGAAUUUCGAACGUGUCUCGCUGCUCACACGUCUCGAAGAUCACCCGUAUCUUCGUGAUGAUCAAGAUGUCGUUCAAGACGAUACACAGUCUCAAGGAACCGAUGGAAUGCUUCUUCAGCUCAAUGAUGAGGAACGACAAAGGCUAAUGAAGAUGAUAAGCACACCUGGACCGCAGACAUUGAGCAUGGAACGGAUACAGAUGGCUCCAGGACAAGGUCAGCAUAUUCUCCAACAACAUCAGAUUCCAUCAACAUCGUCAUACACAAACAAUUCGUUUAUCUACAUCAAAAGUGAUCCACAAUACAAAGAUGAACCACAACAACAAUCCAAUCAAUUCGAUGCCACUGUGAACUCUGUUGCUCAUGGACAAGCUGGACUUUCAACACUAGAAAUGUUCGCUUGUAAUGGAUCUCCGAACGGUGGUGAUGUACUUCGCAGAAAGACGCCGUCUCGGAAAGCUGAAGAUUCAAUAAAAGCUACGUGUAAAGUAUGUGGACAUGAUGUAAUGUAUUCUCCUCAAAGGACUUGGAACUUGAUGCGUCACGUAUGGAUUAUGCACCAAUCAUCAAAACCGAAUCAGUGUUCAAUAUGCGGAUAUUCUCACAUCAAGCCAUAUGUUAGGAAACAUAUCGAGUCUCAGCAUAAGCAUGAUUCAAAUGCAACGAUAAUUGACUUAAAGUGAGUUUUACAUUUCUCAGUUUGAUAAAAUUGUCAAUUUGAUUUUCAGAUCACCAGAACUAGAAGCUGAAUGGAGUCAAUUGUUAGAUCAAUGCUUCGGAGUCACAUAUCGAAAGUGGAAGCAUCAUAAGGAGGAUACGCAGCACACCGGUGGGUUACUGUUCGAUGACGACGAGUUGAGAGGGUGAGCGAGAGCGUCACCGACAUCAACUGAAGACCGCCAGUGUAGUCUUUGCAGCGGGUGAUGAAGAUUACGGUCACGAGCAUCAUUUUUCACCGGAGGAAGAUGUAAUGACAACUUUAUGAUUCUUCAUGGCUUUCACUUGUCGACGUCUUCCCAUUGUCUUCCAUUCAUCUUUCGUCAUCUCUUCAUAUUUCACUCAAUCACUGCCUUGUGCGAUCAUGUAAUUUCAAACUAUUGUAAUUCGUUGAAAUUAUCAAAUAAUAAAUUUAAUCAGGUUAUUA